AUGGCUUCGGAUAUUGUCACCAGAGAGCUUGAAGAGCCUGUCGAUGUCGCGGAGUAUCUCUUCCAGCGACUACAUCAGAUGGGGAUUAAAUCCGUCCAUGGGGUCCCUGGAGAUUACAACUUAGCAGCUUUGGACUACCUUCCAAAAUGCGGCUUGCAUUGGGUAGGGAAUUGUAAUGAAUUGAAUGCCGGGUAUGCUGCUGACGGUUACGCACGCAUCAAUGGAAUGUCAGCAUUGAUUACAACAUUUGGAGUGGGAGAACUCUCGGCUCUCAAUGCCAUUGCUGGUGCAUAUUCUGAAUUUGUCCCCAUAGUGCAUAUUGUUGGUCAGCCGAGCACGGCAUCCCAAAAAGAUGGAAUGCUUCUCCAUCAUACUCUGGGCAAUGGCGAUUUCAAUGCCUUUGCCAAUAUGAGUGCCGGGAUCUCCUGCUCAGUAGCAAAGCUGAAUGAUCCCCGUGAUGCUGCAGCAUAUAUUGAUAGCACAUUAAGGGAAUGCUGGGUCCGCAGCCGACCAGUGUACAUCACUCUGCCUAUUGACAUCGUCAAGCAAAAAAUCGAGGGAAAACGCUUGAAAACCCCUAUAGAUUUGCAACUUCCUGCUAAUGACGAAGAAAAGGAAGAUUACGUGGUAGAUGUUGUGCUGAAGUACCUGCAAGCUGCUAAAAAGCCGGCUAUCAUUGUUGAUGCAUGCGCUAUACGUCACAAUGUUUUAGACGAAGUUCACGACCUGGUAUCAAAAUCGGGCCUCCCCACGUUUGUUGCCCCCAUGGGUAAAGGAGCAGUUGAUGAAACCCUUCCCAAUUACGGCGGAGUUUACGCAGGGGAUGGCUCCACUGUUGAAGUUCAAAAGCAUAUUGAAGCCUCUGACUUAAUUUUGAGUAUUGGCGCAGUCAAGUCAGAUUUCAAUACAACCGGAUUCACCUAUCGAGUCAGCCGCCUUAACACCAUUGAUUUUCACAGCAACCACAUGGUUGUUCGGUACUCGGAGUAUCCAGGUGUCAGCAUGAAGGGAGUUCUCCGGAAAGUCGUCAACCGCAUGGGCAAAUUGAAUGUUAGUGCUCCACCAAAGCAUGAGAAUUUACCAGAAGAGAACCCUCAGUUUCCUGCUCCAACAAUUUCCCACUCCUGGCUAUGGCCAGCGGUCGGAAAUUGGUUGCAAGAGAAUGACAUUGUCAUCACAGAAACAGGAACCUCAAGCUUUGGUAUCUGGGGGACAAGGUUCCCCAAGGGAGUAACCGCUAUAAGUCAAGUUCUCUGGGGUAGCAUUGGCUAUUCCCUCGGAGCUUGUCAGGGAGCAGCUCUCGCAACGAAAGAAGGGGCAUCUCGCCGUACCAUCUUGUUUAUUGGAGAUGGUAGUUUUCAGCUUACUGUUCAAGAGAUAAGCACUAUGAUUCGAAACGGAUUAACCCCAAUAAUCUUCAUUAUUUGCAAUAAUGGAUAUACCAUAGAACGAUACAUUCAUGGGUGGAAUGCGGCCUAUAAUGAUAUCCAGGAGUGGAAGUUUAAGGAAAUCCCAUCCGCAUUUGGAGCGCAACCGGACCAAUUUACAACAUAUCAAAUUCGGGAGAGACAGGAACUCCUUGACUUGUUCUCCAACAAGGAAUUUUGCUCUGCAAAGCGUCUCCAGAUCGUAGAAGUUUACACUCCCCAAGAGGAUGCCCCUUCCACGUUAAGAUUGACUGCCGAGGCGGCAGCUAAGAGAAACGGAUGA